UCAUCCUUUGCUCUGCAGAAAAAAGCGCUGCAAGAUCUAAAGGCUCCUAAACAAGAAGCAGAACGCAUUCCACAGGCGCCAAAGCGGCCUACGGAAGCGAGAGACGCCCGCGAAGUGGCCAAAAAAUUAAUCAAGUCUGGCGUAAUCACAGCUCCAAAGACUCCAAAGCGACCGGAGCAAACGUUCAAGAGAUCUCGCGGGCUAGAAAGGAAGUUGAACAGUACAGAAAAGACGAUUAGUUCUUACCAACCGUUCUCAGCGACGCAGGAGGAGGAAGAAACGGAGGCAGCGAGGCCAAAAGUGAAGGAUUUAUAUAAUAGCUUUGUCGGCGCUCAGGACACUGGGGAGAGAAAUACCAACGAUACUCAAUCUCCCUCGGCCAAGCAGGAAGUUAAGCCACGUGCGGGAAAUACAAUAUUUGUAAGUGGCUAUAAGAUAACGGAGGAUUAUCUAAAGAAGCACUUCCAAAGCUUCGGAAAUAUCGUCAAUAUUUCUAUGGAAGUAGAGAAGAACCAUGGCUUUAUAACCUUCGAGAAAGCUGAUGCAGCUGAAAGAGCCAUAAGCGAAAUGGAUGGCAGUAUGGUUUCCUCCAUCCAGUUGAAAGUAUCGUUAGCAAGGAGGCAGCCGAUAAUAGAGCAAGUUAGCGAUACUAUGUCUAGCUCUAUGUGGUCGCCAAUAGCAGCUAACUAUUCGCAGAAAAGUGCACAUAAAGACAGGCGGGAACUUAAAGUAUAUGAAGAGGAUCUCUUCCAGUAAAUGCAGGAGAGGAGUAUGAGAUUCCCAAAAUACCAUGUGCUACUUUCUGCGAGUCGCGAUAGACUCACAAGUAUAUGCCCAGUGAUCUUACAAUUAGUGGUGGCGUCGAUCAUCCGAUCGUCCGAUGAGAUCAUCGGUGAGGGCAAUAAGGCUUGUCGCCGAAUUUGUUUAUAUAUUUUAGUCGAUGCGGCCAGGCACUCGCGAGUAAGCGUUUUUGCCCGGCUAAUUAGUGUGGUGCCGGGUUGUCAUCUUGGUAGGGGCACCAUAUUAUGAUACUUUGUUAUAUCGACUCAAUUGAAAACGUCUGUGUGUUAAUUUAUUUUCAAUAUUGUGUUCUUUCAUCUCAUUAUGACGUAUUAUAUUUGUCAACAGAUUUGAAUAUCAAACAUUUGUAUAUUCUCUAUCUAAUAACUGAUUUAUUAUUAUAAUUAUAACAAAAUUCAUAAUGGUAUAGAAAUAUUUAUCUAUGUAUAAGAAAAAAUAUUAUACAGUCGAACCUUGUUAAUUAGUUGAAUCUUAGUCUUUAAUUUAUUCUUUUUUUAUGUCCUCCCAUUGGUUGAGUUUGAUUAGUGGGAUUAUGGAGAAUAUUUUUGCUUAUGAUACUUUAUCAAAUGGUAAUUAAUGAUAUCAUAUCGGACUAGACAUCACUGACUCUAUUAGACUGUCUUUUUUCUUUCAAUUGGAUGGAAUAUAUCAUACCAUCCAUUUCAUUUAUUGCUCUCAGCCCCGUUUCAGUUUUUUCAAAAAUUAUAGAGCCACUGUUGUAAGAAAAAAAGAACAGAAUUAAUUAUUAAUGAUUGUAUCGAAAAUAUCUACUAAAACUUCGAGUGGAUAUUAUGCUCUACGCAAAAGAAAAUCAAUUGUAUUUACUUUUAGGAGAAAUUAAAAAUAGAAAUUGUUUCCCGGCAACAAAUCAGGAAAGCAAAGGUUCGAUUAAAUAAUAUUUUUUCUUAAAUAUACAUGUAAGUUAAAUAAGUUAACUGAUGUAUGUAUGUAUAUAUAUGUAUA